AUGAACGGCGAUACUUCAGAGGAAAAGCCGGUACCUGACAUCAUGCAAGACCUCGAUGGUGAGAUCAACUUGCACUGGAGACGUAUUGUGCAAUUACUAGCAGAGCUGAUAAAAGUCUCAAGCCCAAACCUCAAUGACCAAAUCAUUACACAUGCCACUUCCGAGGACAUCACGCAAUUGCGCCACUGGGGCAGCCCUGGGACUCCGCAACCCUUGGAGAAGGCGAUUGAGGAAGCACGCACAAUCUUCGAUUAUCGCAUUCGGACCAACCAUCCACUAUUCUUUGGAUAUGUCCCGUCUGGCACCGUCCAGCUGAGCUGGUUGGGCGACAUACUCAUCUCCGCAUUCAAUGCGCACACCGGAGGACGAAAAGCCGGUUUGGGGGCCUGUGUCAUCGAGGAAGAAAUGAUCAAAUGGCUUACGACCAAGAUCAAUAUGCCAAAGAGUGCUGGAGGCAUUUUCGUCUCUGGUGGGUCGGUCGCGAACAUGAUGAGUAUUGCAGUGGCGCGCGAUCAGAAGCUGGAUCGUGGGGAAUACGACCGCGGAGUCAUCUACAUCAGCCAACGCGGGCAUUUUUGUGUCUCCAAAAUGUCCCGCGUGCUUGGAUUCGAGAGAAGCCAGAUUCACGAGGUCCGAUGUAACGAUGCUUUCUAUCUGGAUAUCCAUGACCUGAAAGGACAAUUGGUCGCCGACCGGAAAAAAGGACUCGUGCCCUUCAUGAUAGUCGCCACGUGCGGUUAUACCGAAACCGGCGCAAUUGAUCCAAUCGGCCUUCUGGCCGAGAUUGCGCAUCAAGAAGCGCUCUGGCUUCAUGUGGAUGGGUCGUAUGGAGCUUCUGUCGCUCUGUCGCACUCCCACUCGCACCUGGCUGCUGAUUUGGGGCUAGCCGACAGCGUCGCCUGGGACGCACACAAAUGGCUUUUCUCCUCUUAUGGCUGUGGUAUGGUACUGGUUCGCGACAAAGAUCACUUAGCAUCGACCUUUGGAGUAGAGUCUCGACUGAGUGUUUGUCAUGCUGGUGAAUCAAGCAGACAACUUCAACCUUGGGAUCUCGGCGUAGAACUCACCAGGCCCGCUCGAGCUAUAAGUCUGUGGUUCACGCUACGAGUAUUAGGAGAAGAGCGAAUCGGCAGAAUGAUUGACUAUGGAAUGCAUGUGGCAGAGGAGGUCCAGGCCCAGCUCCAGGCUCGAGAGGGGUGGGAUAUUCUCACGAACGUGAAGCUAGGUGUUGUCAUCUUCCGCAACAAUCCCAAAACCAGUCCGGAAAGAGAUCUGGAUGCAAUCAACGCUGAGAUUUCAGAAACCCUGCUCAAGAACAAUCACGCUGGCAUCUUUCCUGUUGACGUGUCUGGGGUCAAGUACCUUCGAAUGUGUUGUAUUACCACGCGACUUCAUGAGGAGGAUAUUGAGAGACUAGUUGAAGAGAUAGACAAGACUGCAAAGGAGGUCGGCAGAAAACUCACCUGAAAUCACUAGAGCGACUGUAAGGAGGCACUUGAC